AUGUCCACCAAUCCUCUCAAGGCGGCUAUCCUCGUCAUCUCGACUACGGCUGCCAAGGACCCCACGACUGAUGCAUCCGUCGCAGUGUUGCAGGAUGUUCUGCAGGACCAGGGACCCGGCAAAUGGGAACACCCCCCCAAGAGCGCCAUCGUGACAGAUAGCGUCCCUGCUAUUCAGAGGCAGAUCAUGGCUUGGACGGACGGGUCUGACGCCCCCAACCUCAUUGUCACCACUGGAGGCACCGGGUUUGCCGUGUCUGACGAAACACCUGAGGCAGUUGCUAUGAUGUCCCGCCCCGUCUGCGGAGUCAGAAAAUCGACCGUCGUCGUCACCUUGCCCGGCUCGCCCAAGGGAGCACGGGAGAACCUGGAGGCCGUCAUCAAGACUCUCCCACACGCCUGUCUACAAGCGGCAGGCGCCGACUCUAGAUCCCUUCACGCCGGUGGCGUCAAGAGGCUCGAGAAGGAAGCGGAGCAUGGUCACAACCACCAUAGCCAUGGCCACCAUCACCACGGGCACGGCCAUGGUGCCGGUCUCGUCAGGCACACUAAGCCAGCGGAUGCGAAAAGCAACCACCUCUCCAAUGACCCCCAGUUGGGCCCCACCAGACGAUACCGCGAGUCCCCGUACCCCAUGAGGUCUGUCGACGAGGCACUGUCACUCAUCUCAGAUAACACUCCUGAGCCCGAGGUUGUCACGGUACCAGUCAACAGGUCGCUUGUCGGGGCCGUGCUGGCCGAGGAUGUCAAAGCCAAGGAGAGUGUGCCCGCGUUUCGCGCGAGCAUCGUGGACGGGUAUGCCGUUGUGGUCCCAGCAGAUGGUGUCUUGAAGGGUACGUUCCCCGUGACGGGGGUGUCUCACGCCGCACCGGGAGAGAUGGGUCAACUCAAGGAAGGUGAAGUGGCGCGCAUCACGACGGGAGCGCCUCUGCCCCCAAGUGCUACGUCGGUCAUCAUGGUGGAGGACACGACGCUCAAGAGCAUGACAGACGACGGCAUGGAGGAGAAGGAGGUAAGCAUGCAAGUGGAGGGGGUCAAGCCGGGCGAGAAUGUGCGCGAGGUAGGCAGCGACGUGGAGGCGGGGAGCACGGUGCUGCGCCGGGGCGAGAGGAUAUCCGGCGUGGGCGGGGAGAUUGGUCUCCUGGCGGCGGUGGGGGUGGGAUCGGUUUCGGUAUAUCGACGUCCGGUUGUGGGUGUGUUGUCGACGGGGGACGAGAUUGUCGAGUUUGACGAGCGACCCGGCGCGCUCCGCAUGGGCGAGGUGCGCGACACCAAUCGCAUAACGCUCAUGUCGGCCGUGGCCGAGUCGGGCUACGAGGUGGUAGACCUCGGUAUCGCGCGCGACAAGUCCCGCCGGCUCGAGGAGACGCUGCGCGACGGCAUGCGCCGCGCCGACGUCGUCGUCACCACGGGUGGCGUGUCCAUGGGCGAGCUGGAUCUACUCAAGCCGACCGUCGAGCGCAACCUGGGCGGUACCAUCCACUUUGGCCGCGUCGCUAUGAAGCCCGGCAAGCCCACCACCUUCGCCACCGUGCCCGUCAAAGACAUUUCCGGCGGUGGGCGUCGCCAGCAGAAGCUCGUCUUCAGCUUGCCCGGGAACCCGGCCUCUGCCCUCGUCACCUUCCACCUCUUCGUCCUGCCGGCCCUGCACAAGCUGUCGGGCACCAGUCCUGUCGGCCUGCCCAAGGUGCCCGUCACGCUGGCCCACGACUUCCCCAUGGACCCUCGCCCAGAAUACCACCGUGCUGUUGUCGCCGUCGGCAAGGACGGCCUUCUGUCUGCAAGCAGCACGGGCGGUCAGCGCAGCUCCAAAGUUGGAAGCCUGAGGUCUGCCAAUGCCCUCGUGUGCAUGCCCAGCGGCAAGGGAAAGCUGGAAAAGGGAGCCAGGGUUGAGGCCCUCAUCAUGGGACCUAUCCAGCCUGCAUGA